GAAGUCUUUUAGCUAUCAAGAACAGUAUCCUUUUGUCCUUUCCAUUGUCGGGAUGGGGGGACUGGGAAAGACUUGUCUGGCACGACAAGUUUACAGUGAUAGAAACAUCGACUUUGAUUUCUUUCCGAAGAUUUGGGUCUGUGUAUCCGAAGAGUUUAAUGUCAAGAAGAUCUUCAAGUUGAUGUUAGAAGCAGUGUCAUCUAAAAACAAUCAGCUCAAAAGCCAAGAGGGUAUAGUCAAUGAGCUUAGAGGGAGGCUAGAGGGUAAAAAAUGUUUACUUGUACUCGAUGAUGUGUGGAAUGCCAACUUUGAAGUGUGGGAAAGUUUCAGGAGGCCUUUAAAGGGGCUAAAAAUUUGCAUUCUUGUGACUACUCGCCUGCAAACAGUAGCGUCAAUUACUUCAGAUGAGAUUAUUUCUCUUGAAACAUUAUCAGAUGACAGUUGCUGGUCAGUACUUAGAGAACAAGCAUUUGGAACUGGAGAAGUACCAGCCUACCUAGAGCCCAUUGGAAAGGAGAUUGUCAAAAAGUGUAAAGGCAUUCCACUUGCAGCACAGCUUGUAGGAGGUCUUCUUCGCAACCAGGGAAAAGGUGCAUGGUUGUCCAUCCUAGAAACAGAUCUUCUUAAAGUUGGGACGACACAAAAUAUCCUUAUGCAAAGUUUGCAGUUGAGCUAUGAUCAUUUGCCAUCAUUGUCUCUUAAGAGAUGCUUCUUGCUUUGUUCAAUUUUCCCAAUAGACUAUACAUUAGUCAGGGAAGAAAUGAUCCAACUCUGGAUGGCUGAAGGAUUACUCCAUUGUCAAGGAAAAAAUCUCAAAAUGGAGGACGCUGGUAAUGAAUUUUUUGACAUUUUAAUCACGAAUUCAUUAUUACAGGUUGUGGAAAAGGACAUGUAUGGGAUCUUCAGGUCUUGCAAGAUGCAUAGUCUUGUUCAUGAUUUUGCUCAAUUCAUCUUGAAGUCUCAUGUUUAUGCUUCACGCACAAUGGUCUUAAGAAAUGAGAUAUCUGCUGACAUAUUUAAGAGUAUAAAGUUCUUAAGAGCCUUGAUUUUGUCAAGUGAAAAUAUCAUUGCAUUGCCUAAUUCAAUUGGAAAGCUAAUACAUUUAAGAUAUCUUGAUUUGUCAAAGAGUCAAAUACCUAAACUACCCAACUCCAUUUGCAAGCUCUACUUUCUGCAGACUCUCAGGUUGCUCUGCGUAAGACGGCUUCCCGGUGGAAUGAAGAAAUUAGGAAGAUUGCAACAUCUCCACUUCACUAGUUUUCUUGAAUCAACAGAAUUUCCAAGGCACAUAGGUCAGUUGACUUGCUUACAAACGCUGAAUUUUUUCAAUUUGACGCCAGGAAGUGGUUGUCAAAUUGAAGAGUUAGGUUGCUUGAAGAAUCUUGGUGGUGAAUUGGUUAUCAAGAAUCUCCAACUUGUAAGUCACAGAGAAGAAGCUCAAAAGGCGAAGUUGAAUAAAAAAUCAAACUUGUACAAGUUGGAGUAUUCUUGGAGCCACAAUGAUGUACAAAAUAGUAAGAACAAUGAUGAGUUGGUGUUGGACGGUCUUGAGCCCCCUCCAAAAUUAGAAUGCUUAAGCAUAAUGAACUAUUUUGAUACAAGAUUUCCUAAAUGGGUCGAACGACGCUUGCCUCUUAAUUUGGUUGAGUUGAGAUUUCACAAUUGCCGAAGGUGCAGUGAAGUUCCAUCCCUUGGGCAACUGAAACUCCUUAGGCAUCUUGAGCUGGUAGGAUUCCAUGAUGUGGAAUGCAUUGGAUCUACAUUUUAUGGUGUUGAGUCUAACAAUAGUGGAUCAAACAGCUUGAAUGACAUGAUCCAAGUGUUCCCAGCACUUGAAAAACUAGUAUUAAAGGAUAUGCCUAAACUUACCGUGUGGAAGAAGAUACAAUCGACACCGAAAGCAGAUGGAGAUGAAGGUGGAUGUGAUGUAAGGAUGUUUCCUGCACUUAUUGAGUUGAGCAUUUCGAACUGUCCAUUCUUAAAAAAUACUCCAAGUCAUUUUGAAGCUCUUCGUGUACUAAGCAUUGAAGGGGUUGAGAGUUCCAAGCCUGUAGUAAACAUUUGCAGCAAUUCGACUACUCUUGUGAAGGUUAUCAUCAAAGAUGUGAAAGAGCUCACUUGUCGUCCAGAUGAGAUACUAAACAAAGAUGAUAUUCUUUCUCAUUUAGAGGCAGUUUCACGUUCCAAAUACAGCACUGAGGCCAUUCAUACUAUCGGUGAAGUUUUGGCUGAUGAUAUUCCAUCUUCAAUGUCUGUCCCACUUCCAGACUUGGGCAUGUUAUCCAAGUACAUGGACUUAAGAUUGGAGAUGUUAGCUUCUUCCUACUCAAGCAGGAUGCAAAUUCAAUCCCAGUCAUCAAGCUACCAUAACCUACUUUCAGAAGAAGAUAGCUAUCAGUUACUUCAGAGCGAAAGAGCUCCAUCAAUUCCAGAGCAUUUGAUCUUUAAUGAAUGUAUUUCAGGACUGACAGAGCCACCACCUGAGAAUGUAUGGAGGCAGGCUGUCAUGAUGAUCAUGACAGACAAUCACCUGUCUCUGCUGCCUACAUCUCCAGAUUGCCCUCACCUUUUGCUUCUGUUUCUUCAAAGGAGCAGCCGUCUACGCUCUAUUCCAAACUCCUUUUUCACCGGGAUGCCUUGGCUUCGUGUUUUAGAUCUUUCAAAUAUCAAACUCAAGGUUUUUCCAUCCUCACUGUUCAAUCUUAAGGAACUUCUAGUACUUAUUUUGCGUAACUGUGAUUCUAUUUAUGAGAUUCCAGAGCAGCAACUUGGUGCUAUGAAGUCUUUGGAGGUGCUUGACUUUUCAGGCACUGAACUUCAUAACCUUCCUCCUGGGAUUGGAGAACUGACGCGUCUAAAGCACUUGCAUCUAUCAUUUUAUGGAGCUGAUGAUGAACGUGAAGCAAGCUAUCUGCCUGACGGUCUGUUUUCUACAGAUAUCAUAACUAAGCUCCCAGACCUACGGGCGCUAAGCUUUGGUGUGCACCCAAAAGACAAAAGAUGGGCAAGAGAUGCAGACCAAAUUAUAAAGGAUAUAAAUAGGUUGCAGAAUCUGAGGUAUCUCCAUUUCUACUUUCCUACAGAGGCAUCGCUGGACAUGUUUAUAGAUAUGAGUCAUUCAUGGAAAAUUAACCUGUUAACUAGAUUCAAGCUUGCCGUUGGUCAGAAUGUGAAACGCAUUGUGGAUCGAGUUUCACGAAGUGAGGAGCAUAAGUACGAGAAACAUGAUCGGUGUUUGAGAUUUGUUAAUGGCGAGGAGAUAUCAAAUUCAGUCAUGAAGGUACUCAAACGUGUCACGGCCUUCUAUUUGGAUCAUCACACCACAAUUUCUACUAUUUCCCAAUUUGAUCUGACUGGCAGUAAGGACUUGAAAUUCCUUUUACUGAGGGAGUGCCCUAAUAUUCAGGUACUUAUUGAGAAUGAAGGAGGAUUUGAACCUGUAAUGCCUGCACUAGAACAUUUGGGAAUUCAUUACUUGUGGAGAUUAGAGAAUAUUUGCAGGAAAUGUUUGUUGCCCUCUGGAAGCUUCAGUGCUCUAAAAUCUUUGAUGAUCGACACAUGUCCCGAGUUGAAGUUUCUGUUUGACUACUCCAUCCUUGGGAAUGUCUCAUCUUUGGAAAAGUUGAUAGUUAAGGAUUGCAUUCUUCUCAAAGAGAUGGUGAAAACUGCUGGGGAAAUAGUUCAAGUUGAGGUUCUUCCAAGAUUGAAAAUACUUCAACUUUCCUAUCUACCUCAAUUGGUCUUGCAAAGUUUGUGGCUGGAUCCAGUACCAGAUGGAAGUUUUUGUUCCCUGAAAUCAUUGACUGUGAACGCGUGUCAAAAUACGGAAUUCAUUUUCUCCCAUUCUGUACUUCGAAAUCUCUCAAACUUGGAAGAGUUGGUAAUUGAAAGUUGUUUUCUUCUGAAGCAGAUAAUAGAAACUUCCAAGGUUACAUUCGAAUUUCAGGUUCUUCCAAGAUUGAAAGUACUAAAGCUUUCCUAUUUACCUGAACUGGUUUCACGAAAUAAGUGGGCAGGUCCAAUUCCUAAGGGAAGCUUUGGUAUACUUACUUCUGUGAUUGUGAAAACAUGUUCUAAGCUAGAAUUCAUCUUUCCUCAGACUAUGCUUCACUGUCUCUCAAAUUUGGAGGAGUUGUCAGUUGAAGAUUGUAAAACUUUGAAAGAAGUAAUAGAAGAAAGGGAGGAUGAUCAGGUGAUACUUGAGGACCAUGGCUCUGCACUUUGUAGUUUGAAAGAACUAAAACUCCGUCACCUUCCUGAACUGGUUAGGGUUUCAAACAGCUCCAUCCCUUAUGUAGAGAAGCCCGAUAUUGUUGAUUGUCCUAAGCUGAAAGAUGUCAAGUCUGAAGAACCAUCAGAUCAAGUGUAGAAUAUCUACUCUUUUGGGCUUCAUUACUAGAGUAUGUGCCAAUGCCUUUCAAAUAUGGAGGAGCUGGUAAUUCAGGAAUAUGAAGCUAUAAAAGCAGUAUAACAAAUGGUGGACAGGUGAUACUCGAUGACAAUCAUACUGCUCUUUGUAGUCUGAAGAAAGUCAAACUGCAUCACGUACCUGAAGUCACUAGGAUCUUUGGAAAAGCUGCAUCCCUUAUAUAGAACAGCCCAGCACGGAUUAAUUUCCCUAAGAAGAAAGGUGAACUUUGGAGAAUCAACAACAUAUAUCUUUUGGCUUCGUUACUGCAGAGUAUGCUCCAAUGUCUUGCAAAUUUGGAGGUGUUGAUAGUUGAGGAUUGUGAAUCUCUAAAGGAAAAUCAAGUGAUACAUUAGAAGAAUGGUGUCCUUUGUAGUCACAUGUCAAAUUAAAUUUACACAAUUUGCCUGAAUUGGUUAGUCUUUGGAACGGGCUCUGUCCCUUAUGUAGAAGAGCUCGAAGGUGAUGAUUAUCCUAUGGUGGAACAUAUGGAGUUUGGAGACUCGAGUUUGGAUAACCAUCAGAAAAAAAGUAUCGAUAGUCUACUCUUUUUAACUUCUUUAAUGCAGGUACUAUUUUCAAGUCUUGAAAGCAUUUAGUUCAUGCAAUGCUAGGCGCUAACACUUUACUGUAGCCUAUUUGAAGCAAACUGGUGCUUUCAGAGCAAGUUAUUUCCACAAGUUUGAAACAAAAACCAUUGGAAAAGAUAUGGAGUUUGAAGAAACAUCAGAGCAAGUAAAGGUGCUAGCACUUUUCAGUGCCCUAUUUGAAACAAACUGAUGCUUCUUUCAGAAUAGGCCUACUGGUUAUUACCUCAAAGAUUGAAAUAAAAACCAUCAAAGAUGCUCCACAUAGAAUAAUGGUUGAUUAAGAGGAUUUGUUGUUUCUUGAAAUAAUGAGACAAAAUUCCGAAGACUUCAUGGAGAGGUGGAGGAGCAUGUACACAGUACACAUCUCUCAUUAAAGGAACUACAUUAAAGUCUUCAAUAGGGGUUGUGCUUUUAAGAGGACUGGAUUUCAAUGCUGUUGCUUAAAAGGUACUUGAGCAGCUUUGACAUACUUAGAACUUGUUCUGUAUUGUUUGAUAUACUGAUCCAC